GGAUGUGCCCACCCACCCCGCUGCUUUCUCCCACUCUAUAUGAGAAGGCAAACUUUAACGGAGAGAUACAUGCAACUUUGCAGGUUGUAGCUUCCUGUUAAGUUUUUAACUCGGACCGUCUGGAAUUAACAGUUAACCGAGGCGUACUGGGACCAGUCACCGUUUUGUUGUGGAGAUUAUCUUAUUUGUUCUGGUUGAGGACAAACUCGAGCUCAACAUGCCUCGAUCUUUUCUUGUUAAGAAGUAUUUCUCCAGCAAGAAGCUGUAUUACAGAGAAAGCCAACUGGAAAGCCAAACUGCUUUUGUCCCUGAAAGCUUUCCACUGGCUGAACUUCCAACACAGAACACUUCUUCUGUGCUCACCUGCCAGCCCAGUAGCCCCCUUUUCCCCAGCUCAGAUGCCCUGCCUGCUCCUCUCUCCCCGAUCACCCCGAUCACCCCGGUGUCUCUGCCUCAUUCCCCGCUGGGCCCUCUGAACCUCAGAAGCUCUCCUUCCAGCAGCAGCGGAGAUGAGGAGGAGGAUGGUUGCCGAACUUCAGAUCCCCCGAGUCCAGAGGCGAUUCAGAACAGUUUCCACUGUCUACACUGUAGUAAGAGCUACAGCUGCCUCUCUGCACUCUCGCAUCAUCAGGUGUCCAACCACCAGUUGCCUUUAAACGGUCCAUCAUCGCAGACUACUUCCAUUCCCUCAGACGUAUCCCCGCGUCCAGCCUUCCACUGUAAACACUGUUCCAAGGAGUACACCAGCCUGGGAGCUCUGAAGAUGCACAUCCGCUCGCACACUCUUCCCUGCGUGUGUCCAACUUGCGGGAAGGCUUUCUCCAGGCCCUGGCUGCUCAGAGGACACAUCCGCACGCACACAGGUGAGCGCCCCUUUGCCUGUCAACACUGUAACCGGGCCUUCGCUGACCGCUCCAACCUGCGCGCCCACCUGCAGACCCACUCUGAGGUGAAGAAGUACCAGUGUGGCUCCUGCUCACGGACCUUCAGCCGCAUGUCCCUGCUGCACAAACACAACUCCUCUGGGUGUUGUCCCUCCUCAUAGACCAUCGUUCCUCAGAGUGCCUCGAAAAAGACCCAGGUGUAGCUGCUCUUGUGUUGUGAAAAGAGCAAACACCCACAGAAAACGUAGAGACAUUGAUGUCCUCUGUAUCGAAUGCAAUUCCUCUUUCUAUCAGUGCCUUAACUUCAUGAUUGCCAAAUUUAAAGUCAAACUGUUGUUUGCUGCAUGUUUUUGAACUGUGGCAGCUGAAGGCGUAGUUAAUUCCCAGGAAACUUCAUUGGUGCCGGCCGGUCCGGGACUGUGGCCAUGUUGCAGCUGCUUGGGGUGUGUUUGUGCGUAUGCUAGGAUGUCAUUCCUCACCAUGCUAUACAUGCAUGAUGUGUGAGUGUUGAGACAGCUGUCUGCAUGGUGCACCGGGGAGGCAGGGCGCUGAAAGACGCGUUUGCUGCAACCUCAACGACAGGUGAAACACUCAAGCACCAUUUGCCCCCUCCUUGCCGUACAACCAUGUUAGGAUAUAAAAGCUCAUUUUAGCAUGACCAAAAACUGUUUUAAAACAAUGUUUAUUUUGCAGCUUUUGUGAAACAUUUGAUUGAAAAUGCAUUUCACUUGAUGGCCUUUGCAAAGUUGUGUAUUUUUAUUCCUGUCAUUUGUAAAUAAAACGAUUUCUGAAUAAAUCUA